AUGCGGUUCGCCUUCAUCCUCUUCCUUGCUUCCACCGCUACGGCCUUGUCAUUCCCAGAUAUCACGGAGUUUGUCAAGUUCUUGCCCCGCAAGAACGGAGAUAGUGGGAACAGUGGCAGCGGCAACAGCGGCAGCGGCAGCUCUGGGGACGGAGGGGGCAACGGCCAAUGCCCCGCCGUGUGGACAUCCAUCAGCAAGGAGCUCACUCAGAAAUUCCUUACAGGAGGGCAGUGCAACCCAGACGCCCGGGCUGCCAUCCGUCUCGUCUUCCACGACUGUGGAGCAUGGAACAAAGCUCAAGGCGCCAAAGGAGGCUGCGAUGGCAGCCUAGUGCUCAACGCCGAAGAGGGCAGCCGCGCAGAGAACAAGGGCCUGGAGAAGAUCGCUGCCGACAUCAAGGCCAUGGCCACAAAGUACAGCGUGUCUGUUGCCGAUCUCGUCGUCUUCGCCGGCAAUCACGCUGUCGUGACCUGCCCCGGCGGCCCGCGAUCAAAGACCUGGAUUGGUCGCAAGUCCAGCAGCGUUGCUGCGCCCAACGGCCUCCUCCCGGAUGUCAAUGCCCCGGCAGCUUCCCUUUCGAAACUCUUCGUCGACAAGGGCUUCGACGACCGUGAUCUCGCUGCCCUCCUGGGCGCGCACACUUCGUCCAACCAGUUCAACUUCGACCUCGAAAACAAAGGUGCUUCGCAGGACUCCACGCCCGGUGUGUGGGACGUCAAGUACUACUCGGAGACACUUAAUCCUCCCCCAGGUGUCGUGGUGUUUCCUUCUGACAGUAAGCUUGCGAAUUAUGCGGGCGUAGGCAAAGAGUUCAAGGGCUUUGUUGGUAAUGCUGGGAAGUGGAAUGGCAAAUUUGCGGAUGCGAUGGAGAAGAUGGUUAUGUUUGGGAGUAGUGGGACCGCCGGGAUGGUGGACUGUACGGAUGCUCUUCCGAGGAGUACGAGUGCGAAGAGGGAUCUUAAGGGGAUGAAUCCGUUUAAGCCUAGGGUUUGA